GUGGACGAUCUGCUACCCUUUUGGGACCCUGGUGUUACUUUCUCGCGUACAGCGAAGUAUCCGGACGGUCGCGUUAUCCGAAUCGCACUCAUACCAAUCGUUUGCGACCUUCCAGCUGCGAAACAAGUCGCAGGCUUCGGCGGCAUCGGUUCGAAAUUCUUUUGUUCUUACUGCUUACUCCCUCUCUAUGAUAUCGACAAUCUAGAUCGGAGCCAGUGGCCUGCUCGUGACGUCGAGGCUCAUCGCAAACAUGCCCGCUUAUACCGAGAUGCUCCUACACUUGAGGAAAGACAGCGUAUAUUCGAUCAAUUUGGAGUCCGUUGGACGGAACUUCUUCGCCUCCCAUAUUGGGAUCCUAUUUCGUUCACAGUCGUCGAGUCCAUGCACAUCCUGUAUCUGCGCAUCCUCAGAUACCACUGUCGAGUAGCGUGGCGGAUGAACAUAGAUUUACAAGAUGGCGAAACCCCUUCAGGAGAGGGAGCCAAAAGUAUUGCGAGGCCAUCUGAUGAAUGCAUGCAGAAAGGCGUAGAGGCACUUGCCACAGGAACCUUUGCUGCCCUCGACGCUUGCACCAGACCUGUCCUCUUCCAUCUAUGCCAGGACAGAAGUCUGAGGAGGGCAAGUACGAAGCGAGCACUUAUUAAGACCCUCCUGAAUUGGGUGCGUAUACUAAGUUCUUUGAGCUCUACAGGGAAAGAAGUUCAAAAUAACCAGAGAACGGCAGAAGAAUAUGUCUCUGCAUCUUCAGAAGUUGAUCCUGACACACUAAUGGGCUACACCCGAAUUGUCUUAGUUGCGCUGUGCUCAGAGCGACAUCUCAGCAUUGUUGGUCAGAAGAGAAUUCUUGUCCAGCGUCUCAUCCGAUGGCGAGCUGAGCAAGACCAACGUGAUACGAAUGAUUGUGGAGUCCCCACAGAUUUCAAAAAUAUCCAUAGCUCUCACAGCACAGACUCGCCGCCUCUGGGACCAGUGAGUGAUGUGAACAACGAUCAGCUUCAUCGUGUUGUCCUCGGUCAAUCUCUUGUUACCGAGAUACGGAAGGACAUGCUACAUACUGAAUUACCCACAUGGGUUAGUCGGGCUCCGAAGGCUCUUGGCUCAACAGCCCAGGGUAAACUCAGUGCAGAUCAAUGGCGUGCAGCAUGCACCAUUAAUAUGACCAUUACUCUUAUACGACUCUGGGGUGGGAAAGAUGGUUUGAUCAAGGCUAUGCUGGACAAUUACAUGGAUCUAAUCACUGCUGUCGAGCUUGGUUGCAUGCUCGUAAUUUCCCCUGGCCAUAUCACCCAAUACGAUUUCUACAUGCAGCGCUAUCUCGAGAACUUCAAGGACCUUUACAAAACCUUACGACUGGUUCCGAGCCACCACAUCUCUCUCCACCUUGGCGAAUUCUUGUGUUCCUUCGGUCCUGUCCAUGCUUGGAGGGCUUUUGCAUUUGAGCGCUAUAAUUAUCUGCUUCAGCGUGAAAACACUAAUGGCAAAUUUGGCGAAAUCGAACUCACCAUGAUGAAUCACACAUGUCGAGUAGCCAAUUUCCGCACACUGAUACAGGGGGAACACAUCCGUACUGUUGUUUCAGACAUGGUCGACGCAUACAGCAACUUCGCAGGUGAAGAUAGGAGGGGCACUCGCAUUCGCGAUGUUCUUCAGUGGGAAAAACCUGUGACUGCACAAGGCCAAACACGCCCGACUACCAAGGAAGUUGCCCUUGAGGAAGAAUUAUACCUUGCCUUACUGCAGCUGAUCAACACUAUCGAGCAACUUCGCUAUGUUGGCGACGGUGACCCCCGUUCGUCGGAUCAGCUCUUUCUCAGGCGCAAGGUUUUACCAUCAAAUCGUAUCCUCAUCCGUGGGGUUUCAUACCGGCCCUCGGACUUUUCCCAUUGUGACAGCAACAUUCUUUUUCGUAGUUCCCUAGGUUCAAAACCGGAGGCCGGUCGCAUCAUCAAGAUAUUUCUUCACCAUCGAUUUUCAACAAAUGACAAUCAGAUCGAGGAGACUUUCAUAGCCCUCCAGACUCUAGUUCCGUUGUCCGACACUGAUGUCCCUUAUGAUCCUUAUCGUCAGUACCCUCUCGCGGGCGGGUUUCUAUGUUACAACGAGUAUCAUACCAAAUACCGCGUCAUUCGGCCUUCUGGUAUUAUUUGCCACUAUGCAAAGACACCUAUGCGCGUUCCAAGAAUACGUCAGCCCUGCGUACACGUUCUGCCAUUAGAUCGCGUAAGU